AUGACCAGGAAUGUUUCGUAUUUGCCAACUUUGUACAUCAGGGCAUGGGCGGGUGGGCGUGUUGCUGUUAGAUGUUUGCGGGUGCAGAUCGCCAGCCUGAACGAGUCCCGCGAGAGGACCCACGCCGCGCGCGGGCGCGCCAACCGCGGGACUAUCGAAGAACUGAGCCGCCCCAAGAGCCAUGAGGCGCUGUACCAAGCUCUGAAUGACUAUGGCCGCGUGCUAGACGCCCGGGCUGCCGCCAACUCCCUGGCAGCAUUGGCCCGCCUGGACGCUGCCCGCGCCACCUCAAAGGUGCGCGAAGGGGCAAGGCCAUCACGGGGUGAGGGCGUCCGCACUCCGGCUGCUGAUGCCGCGACCGCCGAGGGAAACCUCGCCAAGCGGCUGAAAAGCGUCCUGGACCACCAGGAGGAUCUACCACCCCUAGCCGUGGCCAACCUUCUUUGGUCGCUGGCCAAGCUAACGGCUCGCGAGCCGUUCGGGCAGCUAACGCAAGGUGCCUGCCAGAGAGUUGUGGCCUCUGUGCCAAAGCUCACGGCUCGUGACCUUUCGACCGCGCUUUGGGCCCUGGCGGUGCUGGUUGCGGAUGCUGGAUUCAGGGGACCAGGGCGGCACCAGCUGCAGCAGUCGCUGCUGCUGCCCUUGAAGACCUUGGCGGAUGGACGUCAGCUGGAGGGUGUCAACCUCACGCAGUCGCUGUGGGCGGCUGCCAAGUUGGCAGAACACGGCGCAGAAGAUCUGCUGCCGUUGGUCGCCUCGCUUGCGACCUGUGGCUUGGGUCAAGCCUCGACGUUCGAGUGCCAUUCGAUCUCGGUCUCCCUGUGGUCUUUGGGCAUCUCAGAGCAGUUGCACCAAAAGCCCGAGUUGCAGCAGUUUGCCAAGGAGUUAGCAGAGGUCGCGAUCCUCCUGGCUUCGGCGAUGAACGCGCAGAUGUUGGCGAACUGCGCCUGGGGCGCUUGCCGCGUUGGCCUGGCGGACGGGAGCCGCUUCUAUGACGCGAUGGCGACGGCAGGGCUGGUGAUGCUGCGGACAAAGAAUGCCGCAGUUCUUGACCAGCACAUUUGCGGCCUGCUGUGGACUUUCGCAAAGAUUGAGGUCCAAACCGAGAGGACGAGGCAGUUCAUGCUACACGUUGCGAAGGAGGGCCGACGCGGUGGGCGCCUCUGGCACAUGUCGCAUUACCACCUGGCCAGUGUGGCGUGGGCGCUGGCGAAGGCCUUUACGCCGGAUGGCCAGGUGCUGAGACAGGAAGCCUUGCCGGCGCUUCAAGACGAGCACAUCGCGGAGCCAAUGCUCCUUGCGCUUUCCGUGGCUGCCCAACGUGUCUGCGAAGAUCCGCGGCCUUUUCGGGCCAAGGACCUCGGAUGGAUUUUGUGGGCCUGCGCACGGAUCGGCUUGACGGAACCGGUGUUGCAGAUGCUUCCCGCGGUGGUCCGGCGCAUGGCUUGGCCUGAAGUGAGCGACGAGUCGGAGGUCAACAGUCAGGACUAUUUCAUGGUUCUGUGGUCCAUGGCCGCUCUUGACAUAGGCUGGCCUGCCUUACCCUCCGACGCAGCUACGCCCUUCCUCCGUGCCGCCAUCACUGCUCUGAAAGCCGUCGAUGCCAGGGACGAGGCCAAUUUCCUGUCCAUUGCUGCUUGGGCCUGUGCUGUAGCGGAUCUGCGGGCGCCUGCAGAUGAGCUGAUCGCACAUACCCUCGAGCGUGCCUACCAGGCUCAGCGAGAACCAGGAGGUUCGUGGAAGCUGCGAGCCAAAGUGCUGGUGGCCUACGCCAAGGUGCUGCAUCCCGAGCCACCUCGCCCAUCGGAGGUGGACUUUGUCGCGGACGUCUAUGAGGAGGGUCGCAGGCUGGGGCGUGCAGCCGAGGUGGAGGAGUGGCACUCGCACAACUUCCACCUAUCAAUGCUCUACCUGGCCCUGCGCUUCCUUCCGCAGUUUCGAGCCAGGCGGCGAAAUCUACUGCCGCCAGAGGUGCAGAACGACUGGUCGAUCUCUUCGUCGGACUUGCACAAGGAUGUUCAGCUGGUCCUGACCCAUCUUGGCCUGGGUUCACAGAUGCGCUCGGAGAUCUUCCUUGAGGGCGGUCUGUCCGUGGACACGAUGCUGCCGCCCAGGACAAGAGCACCUGAAAUAAAGCCGACCGCCCUGCCUGCGUGCUCAGCUUGUGGCUACUUGAAGGAUUUGGUCAAGCUGGACCACUGGGUGGUGGUGGCCAGCACAUGCAGGAUCGCCGCCAGCCGAGAAGACGAGGGACCCGAUGACCUGAUCUUGGAGGAGGGAGACCAGCUCCGAACAGUCGACCACGCCAUCGCCAGGAUAUUCCGUGAUGGCGACAUCCGCUGGCUGACGGUGCCUCCCUCAUCUCAGGUCUAUCGAAACCUCGAGCCGCUCCUAGGGCCGCAGGGCAUCCAGAGGUUGGGCUAUGUGAAGAUAGAGUCUGCAGCUGGGCCUCUCCUCAGGAGGCACACCGCCGUGGACACGGGCGUUACCAUCACCGAGCUCUCCUCCUAUGGGGAGCCCUGGGUGGUGGAGCACGAUCAGGUGGUAGUUCGACGCGGCCCCUCCACCACGGAGCGGCCCGUGGGCAUCAUGAUCAAGGGUGAUGUGGUCGGAGUGCGACGUCGCAAAGGCAACUGGGUGGAGCUCACUCAGGACUCCGACGUCCGCUUCAAGAAGCGGGAAGGUGGGGGCGACCCUCCGAUUGCCGCGAUGAACGGACUCCGCCGUCACAAGGUGUCGGAAACCGGGAGAAGUCGCUCCUCCAGCUCUGUGCUGAUGCCAGAUUCGGAGGCCUCCGCAAUUGGACUGCAACUCAACCUGCGUAAGUGCGAAGUUGUGGCUUUGGGACCUAUUGAUGAGGGCACCAUGCGCGCAAGUUUCCCGGCUGCCCUGCUGCUCCAUGCUGAUGGUUCUGGGAGAGUGCUCAGGAACUUCGAGUUCCUGGGGGCCGCUAUUGGGGACGAUGACUUCAUCCAGACACACACCCUGGCGCGGGCAGAAAAAGCGGGUGAAUUGCUGGAGGCGCUGGCCGAGCUUGAGGACCCCCAGGUGGGACUACGCUUGCUGCGGGCGUGCGCCGGCUUCUGCCGCAUGGUUCACAGCAUGCGCUGUAACCCGCCUGCAGCUCAGGCUGCAGCUUUGGCCCACUUUGAUGGGCUGGUGCGGCGGUGCCUCGGUGGUCUCACUGGCAUCCAUGUUACUGCUGAGCAGUGGUUGCAAGCCUCUCGAGGGCUCGCGCACGCGGGGCUUGGGCUGCGCUCUUGCUCUGCCCAUGCGCCUGCUGCCUACUUGGCCUCGGUGGGGGCCUCCCUGGAACACUGCAGUGACCUCGACCCCAACUUCUCAAAGGAGGCCGUUCAAACCUCGAACCAUGUGGUCGGGGCUUUCCACCUGUUCCAGAACGCCGUGGGCAGUCGGGUUGCUACGCUUGCUGCUGCUUUGCAAAGCAAGCAACGCGACCUGUCUCAGCUUUUGGACUCCACCUGCUUCGCUGCCCAGCUUGAACACUAG